GCGAGGAUGAAGAGCGCACUCGUCUGGCGAGUCAAGACAGCUACGUGAAGCGACCUGCGUGCGUGUGUCUGUUUCUCUUCUUCCUUCUGCGCCCGAGUCCAUCUGCAUUCUUUGUUCAGCACUCGUGUCAAACGUUUGGUUGAAAGUUCUUCAAUCGGCCCUGUCAGCUGCGGUUAUCUUCCGACCUUUGAAAUAUGUUUGUCCGGGACACCGCCUCCGACGCGGAGCUCAUUCGCAGGCCCAGCUAGUAUGGACGUGACCCACCCACGCUAGCUUCGACUGGGCUUGUCUUCUCCGUGGGGCAGAGCUUUUCACGAGGAAACAGAGAGGCUCCGUUUCCGUAACCUGACAAGAAAAGUGUCAUAUUUGCGGGAGGGCCGUCGUUCACUUUUCGGAGACGUGAUGGUCUCCCUACGCGGUCAUGAUGGUGUCUCGAACGCCGGGCAGUGAGCAAGAACCUAGCAGCCGCGGCGUGUUUCGCAGCACAGGCCUAGGGACUCAAUCGCUCCUGACACGGAUUGGUUUUCAUAUCUUUCUGGCACUUCUACUGGCUUUCUUAUCAUCCGUCUUCACCCCCGGACCUCUUGCCCUCGCGAGACCUGCUGAAUUCACAAGGAAAAUACCUCAGCGAGAGGGGGCCACAUUUGACGUGGCCUCGUUGAGUUACCGUGUCCGUCAGUCGCGUCCAACCAGUUUUUUUGAAGAAACUAUCAAUACCAGUUCUUCAGCUGAAGAUCACGCUCCUCCGACUGCCACCCAUGUAGACGGUGUUCAUUCAGGCCCCCAGCGGAGACGAGCUGGGUCCGAGGCCUCUCUCUUGCUGCUGGGCAGGAGUGAAAGUGAAUCGGUUUCUACUAGAGGCGAUCCGAAGAGAGUAUUGGAUCAAGACGUCGGGAACCAAAGGCGCAAGACGCUGACACAUUUGAUUAGGAACCGUUUCACCUCACCGAACAAGGAAGGCCUCACCUUGCAUGGCGCUCGCGAGCUGACUGCUGAGACGAGUCGGCCCUCUGGUAAGUCUUCACGAGAUGGGAGCAACCACGAGGCUCAUGAACAGGUAUACCAGAUUUCCGCAGUGGGGGGCGGCGCCCAUUUGAAACCACAAAGGGCGUAUGGCUUUUACGAGGCCGAGCACCGUACCUCCCUCAAAAAUGCUACCAGGAGAUUCGUCCCCGCCGAGCAGCCCGUUGAGGUUGCCGCCGACGAAAGCAACCUAUCAAACCAAGCGGAGAGCAACAAAGACUUUUUUUCAGCGCUCGCUGCCUCAGCGAAAAUGCACGCCCCAUUCGUUUCAGAGUUUCUCGCUCCGUGGACGAGGCUAGUUGUGGGUACCUGCCUGUCAACCACAUCAUUCAUUUGCUGCGUCCUUUUGGUUGUAUACCUGUAUUUCGCGGUGAGAAUCCUCGCACUCUGUCGGGCACUACGGUUGCAGUCGGUGCUGAAUUCUCGUGGAGACGCGGCGAGCUUUUUUGGCCGUGGUCGCAGCGACCGAACAUAUGCACUGGCUAAGCAUCAAACGUGGUUUUCUGGAGAGGGCGGAUUCGAUACGGAGUGGAUCUUGGGAGGGUGGCCUGGUACAGCUCUGACUGCUCUCAGUGGGUUUGGCGAACCCUGGGAGCAUGUUCUGUCGAAGGCAGCGGCAGCCAGGAUGGAGAGACUGAAGCUCCAGGCUGCUGAAAGGCCUUCUCUGGACUGGGUAUCCUGCAGCGCGACAAAAGCACAAGCAAUGCGAGAUUGCAAGCCGUCCACAGAGGCAGACGAGGUUGAUCUUAGCGAAUGGGACAGAUCACGGCUUUUCGAGGGCCCGAUUGGUGUCCACUUUUCUUUAUCACCUUAUGGAAGCAAUUCCUGCUGCCAGACGGUUUUCGGUUCCCGCCACCUCCAGACAAUCAGGACGUCCCCCGGUGUUUUGGACCCGUUUGAAACUUGGGGACCCUAUCCAGGGGAACACGCGAGUGUCGAUACGGCGGAUACACAGGAGGAGCCAGCGUUCCAACUCGCGGCAACGUACAUGCAGAACCGUACAUUCGUGUGGUGGGCAUCUUAUUUCGUGGCGACUUGCGCAUUCAUCAUCCUCUUCCUAUUGAUGGCCUUGGAAGCCGACCAGCUUUUGCUCUCGAGAGCCUUCCUAGCGCUAGGUGGAAGACCACUGCAGUUGUCGUCGUUUUGGCAACUUUUAGCCGCAUUGCACUGGGUCAGCGCUCUCUGCCUGCUGCGUGGCAUUCUGAGUGACUACAGUCACGCUACCAACGGGGCGUUCCACGGCAGACAAAAGUUCUUUCUCAGCGUGAUACUCUCCGUGCUGUCCUUCAUUUUCUUGUUUGUAAUCUUUGACCGUGAAUCUUCCUAUCCAGCACAAUGCCUGGGUCAGCACCAUUCACUGCCUCCCAUGGCCGCUACAGCUGGUCCAAACUCUCCGAAAGAGUUGCCGCCUAGCCCAAAACGGAUAGCAGGUCCGUACGGUUCUCGUCGCGAAGAGGAAAUAAAUGCAGAUGUCUUCCACAAAGAUGCAACAGCAUUGUCUGCUUUUGCCUUUAUUAUCCCUGAAUCCGCAACAGUUCUGGACCCCUACACUUACGGAAGAGCAACACAGCGGCCAUCGAAUACUGCCGCGGUCGCUGGCAGUGGAUGGUCGCCCGAGUGUGCUGCCAUUGCCAGAGUUUCCGCGUACCGGCUUGGUCUUUCGGUCGCGUGUUUCCUCUUCCUUCGGCUGUUUUGCCUUUUUGUGGUGCUCUCGCUCGCCACCAGUGAAGACGCAUUCCAGCAGAAGAGAGAUUCUCAGGCUACAGUAUCCUUUUCUUGGUUGGUUGCCGGAGUUUCUUUUGCACUCGUCGACUUGUUUCCGUUCCCGCUGCUGUCUACGGGGCCCUUGGCGCACUGGUUUCCAGUGAGGGGAGUCGACAUUUUGUUGUGCUCGCAAUGCCUCUGUCACUUGUUCUUCUUUAAACACGUUCAGCGGGAGCUUUACUAUGCCACACACUCCUCCAUCAAGGUGGCUAUCCGAAAGAUGCAAGAGACGUUCUGUCUAAAGAGUUUUGACUAGCUACCAUGCGAGGCUGCUCAGUGUCUGGCAUGUUCCAUUCUUCGGGUCCGUCGAGAAAGCAAUACACACACGUGCUGUACGUUUACGGACACCACGCUGUAAAGUUUUCAAUAGUCGUGAGACACUGAAACACGAGCUAUGUGACGAAGCGAGCUUUAUUUACUUGAGUGAUCUUCAAGGACUUGUGUAUUGCUACCGAGAGGGCGCCUGACGGAAUGUGUGCAGCCCUUAACCAUCUGCAUGUGGUGAGCGUCUUUGUUAAACGGCAAAGACCUGGUAAACUAAAACAUCAAAAUACAUCUUACGAAACUAGUUGCCUCAACUUUAAGCCACUCUCUUGCAAGAUUCACACCUGGCGUCAUCUGCGUCCCGGCUGUUCUAAGCUCGAUCGGAUGGGCAGCGGCUCUAUCUACAGUAACAGCUGUCAUAAACAGCCAAAGCGAUUUGCAUAUAAUUACCGCCACUGUCGUCAUCACGUUGACGCCUGCACCCACUAAGCCCGUCAAUUUAACGCAGUGUGGCGGAUCGACGAGGCAGGCAGAGCACACUACGUGGCGCCUGAGUAUGCAGACGGCAGCAACCCGCUCCGAACACUUCUGGUAGCUAACAUAAGGUAAUACUACACGCAAGUUUCUCUACCUGUCAGAGAUACUUUACUUUUGAUGGGCAACACAUUACUACACUCUAUCGGAGCUCAACAAAAACUUUGUCGUGAGGAGGCAAUACUGCGAGUUCAGUACGGGAC